AUGCACCGCAUCCCCAAGCAGAUCACGAUCGACUGCUUCCUCUCCCCGCCAAAUGGACCGUGGUGCAUCCCGGAGCCCCUCCCCAGCCGCUCAGCACCAGGCUGCGCUCGGAGCCGGUCGUUGCAGCGCAGCCCAGUCCAGUCCAGUCCAGCGCUCCGAGCCGGGCUCCUGCCCCGCUUCGCCCUUGGGAUUUACGUGCCGGGCCGAGGGCCCUGGGAUCUAUUCUGCUGCUGCUGCUGCGGGGACGCGGGCGCCGCCGAGCCCAGGGGAGCGGGGAGGCUUCGCGGGACGCGCCGGCUGAAUUCUGGGAAGCUGCAGGAUCUGGGAGUGGUGGAAGGAAGCAAGCUGACCCUGGUGCCCACAGUGGAAGCAGGCUUGAUGUCUCAGGCGUCCAGACCAGAACAGUCAGUGAUGCAGGCUCUGGAAAGCUUAACUGAAACUCAGGUCAACGACUUCCUGUCGGGAAGGUCCCCGCUGACCCUGGCCCUGCGGGUCGGGGACCACAUGAUGUUCGUGCAGCUGCAGCUGGCGGCCCAGCAGACGGGAGGGCAGCUCCAGCACCGGCACGUCAUCGCCAGCCGGGGCGAGCCCGGGGCCGCGGCCAACCCCGCCUCCCACUGCCGGACGCUGCACGGGGCAUCCGGCUCCAACUUCGCCCGCAUCCCUGUGGUGCCCGCGUGCCAGCAGAGCCCCGCCCCCAGCCCCGCCCCCUCGGCGCAGGCGACGCCCAUGUACUGUAACGCUACCCACCCCGCCCCCGUCACCGCCGGGAUGUUCCGGUCGCACGGUGCCAGCACGCAAACGGUUAACAGCAGUGUGGUCUCCUCCUGCUCAGAGGUGGACUGCAGCGCCCGGAGCAGCAAUGCCAGUGGCAGCAGCAGCCCGGCCCCGACGCCCCGAUCCCGCAAACCCGGUGCCGUCAUCGAGAGCUUCGUGAACCACGCUCCCGGGGUCUUUUCAGGGACCUUCUCUGGAACUUUGCACCCCAACUGCCAGGACAGCAGCGGGCGGCCGCGGCGCGACAUCGGCACCAUCCUGCAGAUCCUCAACGACCUGCUGAGCGCCACGCGGCACUACCAGGGCAUGCCCCAGUCCCUGACGCAGCUGCGAUGCCAGACCCAGUGCUCCCCCUCGGCCCCCUCCUCCCCGGAGCUCGCCGCCAAAGCUACCUCAGAGACCCUGACGACGGCGACCUCCGUGGCCUCCCAGCCCCUGCACUCCGUGGUCCAGUGCCAGAGCCAAAUCCGGAUGUGCAAGCCCAGCGGGGACCGCUUGCGGCAGACCGAGAACCGCGCCACCCGCUGCAAGGUGGAGCGCCUCCAGCUGCUGAUGCAGCAGAAGCGGCUACGUCGGAAGGCGCGCCCCGGCCCCCCCUACCCCGGGCUCCCCACCCGCAAGUCCAGCCGGACCAAUAGUAACAGCAGCGUGUCCAGCGAAGGCAGCCUGGACCUGGACUUCGAAGACUCGGUGUGGAAACCGGAGGUCAAGGCAGACCUGAAAUCGGAGUUUGUCGUAGCAUAGACCCCCGGCGAGCAGACUGGACCCGUGGCGCGCCCGGGCGGAGGCUGGCGCGCCCGGGGGGCAGCGAGGACUCUCGUCCCUUCGGCGGAUGGCACCCGCCACCGCCUCCUGGAACCGGACAUCUCGGCGGCCCCCGGGCGAUGGAGUUUGGGGCGGGGGGGGGCAAGACCCCUUUUUAAUUUUGUUCCUGGUUUCUACUUGGGGGUGGGGCGGGAGGGCUGCGCGGGAGGGAA